AAUCAGCUGUGUGAGUGAUUCUUGGUGUGUGUUGAGAGGGAGAGAGAGAGAGAGAGAGAGAGAGAAGUGAGGAAGGAAAGCUCUAAAAGAUCUGCUUCAUCUAUUAUCCCUCAAAAUUCAUCGUUCACCCGUUGUUAGCCAUCCCUUCAUCAUCCAUUCAGCAGCAACCGCCCAUCACGUCUGCCACCACCAUGUCCUCCGGAUGCUGUGGGACCAAGAAGCCCAAAUUAAACGGCGGUCCACAGAUGGCAAGGGAGACCCAGUCAGGGAAUGAGCCACAACCUCUUCGGUCAUCUCUAAGGCAUUGUAUUCACUCAUCUACUGGAAAGGGACAGAAAUAUGGCUAUCCUUAUGGACAUUUGAAUCCUGCGUCUACCCGUAAUCGUUCUGUUUGCUGUUACAAUGGCACUGCCCCAACAGCUAAUGGUACUUUACGAAAUGGCCUUACUCCAGUAGCUAGCCCAGAGAUGUGUUUUUACUGUUUUGAUGUUCUUUAUAGUCAUCUGCACAACAUGGAGCCCCCUGGCAUUCCAGACUUCACCAACGAACCUUUUCCUUUGUUUGUGACCUGGAAGGUUGGUAAGGACAAGCGGUUACGAGGGUGCAUGGGAACUUUUAGUCAUAUAAGCUUACAUGCAGGGCUCCGAGAGUAUGCAGCAACAAGUGCUUUCAAGGAUUCCAGAUUUCAGCCCAUUGGAAGAGAUGAGCUGCCUCGGUUAGGAGUAUCGGUGUCUAUUCUUCGUCAUUUUGAAGAUGGGAGAGACUACAGGGAUUGGGAUAUUGGAGUUCAUGGAAUUCGUAUUGAGUUCUUAAAUGAACGCGGUGCCAAACGAACAGCUACUUACCUACCAGAGGUUGCUCCUGAACAGGGUUGGGACCAUGAACAGACAAUUGAUUCAUUACUCAGGAAGGGAGGCUACAAAGGACCUGUCACCGGGGAAGUUAGGCGAAGUAUUAAGCUUACACGGUAUCAGAGUGAAAAGAUUUCAGUCACUUUUCAAGAUUACAUGAACUACUGGAGGAAUCGUCGGUGCUAGCAUUCGCUGAAUAUGAAAGAUGGGAGAUGUGGAAAUAUUGGUGGAGGGAGUAAAAGUGGCUUUUUGAAUCGAAUUAGUAAUGGUAGUGGAUGUGGUGUUCGAGAAACUGGUCACCCUGGAUAUCAACACCAGCAGCCCUCCACAUUCCAGCAAUACCAAAACAGCACCAGCCCAAUGUUGGUUCAUCACAGUAAUGCUCAUCAUCAGCUUCUUCCUCAUAGCAACCACCUCCAUAAUCAUCAUCACAAUCUAAGAUCUCCCCCAUCACCUCUUCAUCACCUUCACCACUACUCAGCUAGAGGCAGCAGUAGUAGUAGCAGCAGCAGCAGUAUCAACAGCAGUGGUAGAGCCUCAGCAACUGUAACUACCACAACAACCACUACCAACACACCACCACUGGGUUUUGACUUAGUGGGCAACUCAGGGCUUGGCGCAUCUCUCUUGUGUGUUACCAGCUCAGGGCAUAAUGAACUGGCAGUGUGUGGGCCUCCAGCUCAAGAUGUGGCACUAAUGAAUCAUGGUGGGUGCCCUGCUUGGUGCUCUCACCGUGGAGGCCCCCUACAAGGGGGAGAAGGAUGCAUGGAUGGUUUACGUAGAGCAUCCAACAGGCUGGCGGACUUUUUAAGGGGCCUUUUUAACUCUUGAUGGUUGGUAUUGGUUAUGUUAGUCUAUUACUGGAUUAGUGUUGAAUGUUAUCUUUAAGUUUGUUCAUUUUAUUUUUAAUUAUUCCAUAUCCUAUGAGCAAGCUGAAAAAGUAAAAGUAUGGUUUUCAGAAGCCCCUUUAAUUGCUAAGUUACAAAAAAGUGCCAUUAUCAUUUAUCUCAUGCUUGAUCUGAAUCAAAUACUCCUGCUCAACAUCAAGACGAGCUGGUUGCUGUGAGAAGAUAAAUAAAAAGCAUAUGAUUGAGGAGAGAAAUAAAGAAGCUGAUUUUUAAUAUAGGAACUGCUAUGAUGAACAAGAAUAUAUACAGUCAGGAGAAACACUCUGAUCUACAGGUGACAUGGUAUUGCGCUUAUGAAAAACAUUACGUAGUGUGUGGAGUCUGGAAAAGUGGUCAGCUCAUUUUGAUAAAAAGCACAUUUUUAUUAUGAUGCUCAUUACAUUAUUUGUCAUUUUUAUUAUUAUUCCAUUAUUAUUGUUAUUAGUUAUUAUUGUAGUUAUCAUUAUUAGUUUUCUUAUUUGUACAGCUGGCCUUCCCACUCCCGUCCGCCUGUGUUGUGAUCAUAGGGCAUGUAUAUAGCCCAACCCACACCAGUCUUUCACAUUCAGCGGCUGACAAAGCUCUUCACAUUCUGAUGAGUUAGAAGUUCAAUAAGAAAAAUAAAUGUUAUGAAAAAGACAUUGUUGGAUAUGGGAUUUUUCUUUUGUACACCAGUAGAUUUUUAUGAAGCUGAUAGUUUAAGUUUUUAUGGUCAACAAGCCAUACAUAAAGGUGCAACAAGAGCUACUAGCAUUACUCAUCAUCUACCGAGGUUUGUUUGCCGCUAAUUUUAUAUACUGUAAUAUCAGACUGCCUAGUCGUGAGCAUGGUGUCUUGUACAGCUCACUCUUAACUAACUAUUGAAAAGAUCUCAUGUACAUUGUUGUUGAUACAUGAAAAACUAGUAAACGACAUGCAUUUUAUACGGUUAUUACAUUACAGUUAUAAUGUUUGUUGUGUGGGAAUAGUUGAUAUAUUAGGAUGACUAAGAGGUGUUUAGAAAAUGAAACAUUCCCACUAAAACAUUAAUGCCAACCCACCUCGUCUGCAGCAGCUAAUUUGACGGGAGGUUACCAAACUAUACCAAGUGCAUCUCAGUGAUAACAUGUGAUAGACUAUACCAAAGGUGGCUUGAAAUGGCAGUUGUGUAGUGCCAAGAAUGAAAGGUAGUGGCUCCUAUCAUGCCUCUAGUUCUGAGGAUGGCACCAUGGUUGCUCAUUUAGGCAUGAGUGCAUUUUUUGUUGAACAUGGAAAAAUGGUGCAAAUAGUAAACCAUCUUUUGGAAUUAGCUGAACAUUAGAUAGUCACCAACAUUCCUCAGAGUUUGAGAAAGGUAAUCAAAUUCCACAGAUGAUGCUGACUCAUAGAAAAUACAGUGAUGAACAACAAAAUUUAAUUUGGGCAUAUAAUAUACUAAUUAACAACAUUCAAUGAAUGAUCAUCAGAAGCAAUAUUGACUAAUCAACUUUGUCAUAAUACAUUGGAAUUUGCUUUGGUUCUGUAAUGGAGCAAAUUUACAUUUUAAUUGAAUUCAUAAAAGUCUUUUAUGACAGAUUAAAAUGUUUACUUUAAUUAGGUAUAGAAUGUACUUAAACCAGAUCUUAAGUUGAUGUUAGGUUUGAAAAAAAAAAAAAUAAAAAAUGCAACAAAAUUGCUAAAGAAAAAAACUAAAGUUAAAAAGUUGAUAAAAAAAAUCCUCUAGGUUUCCUGCAUGCUUGUUUAGGGGAAAGUUGAUGUAAGGUCUUAGAAUAGUCUUUGGGGGUACACAGGUUUUGUGCAUGUAUGAAUUAAGUGUACAUUGUAUGCAUAAUUUUUUCAUGACUUGAACAUGUGAAAAAUUCAAUAAAUUACUUUAUUUUCAUAAGAGUACUUAAUAUUGUGUUGGACUGUGAGGUAGAAUCACAAAAUUUCAUGAUAGGUAAAUCUGGUCACAAAAAGUUAAAUGGAAGAUUUUCAACAUGUAAUAGGUUUGAAUAACUGAAUCACGAAAGUUUGGAACGUGAUAAAUGCAUAAAUAAAGGCAUAAGCCACGAAGGAAAGUGAAACACUGGAGUAGCUGCAAGGUCUUUCGAAAGAUCUUGCAGCUGCUACAGUGUUUCACUUUCCUUCGUGGCUUGUGCCUUUAUUUAUGUAAUAGGUUUGUUUCAGGGAUGUAGCAGGCAGUUUUAAUGUGUGCCUGUUGCAUUUAGUUAUCAUGAAUGUUUUAAGCUGUAGGAUUUUUGCUUUUGUACUAUAUUAUAAUUUUGGUCAUCUCAACACUAUUGCACCGUUUUUUGAGGGAAUGUCAUUGUUUAGUUUCUUUUACUUUUAUUUUGAGAAGGAUAUCCAUCUGUAGCAACUUUAGUGGCACAUCAAAAGUUUUGUUUUUAUUUAAUGUAGUAAACGAAGUUUGAAAUUUCAGUUAACUAUUUUCAAAGAGGUAGGGUAAAUUAUUGAUGUCACUAUUUUAUGCUUUGAGUAUUUUUAAUGAUGAAUCACUGUCUGGAAACUUCAUCCUCUCUAGAUGAUGCAGCCACCUCCAAUUCCUGUUGUGCUGUGCCAAAUUUAUUAUUAUUGUAUGCAUUUUGAUAUAUGCAAAUAUAGUUUAUUAUUGAAGCUGUCAGCAGACUUCUCUCAAGUUUAGUUCUCAGAUAAGUUUUAUAGAUUUGUUUCUGUGACAUGUUGUCAUCUUUUACAAUACGAAGGUGCAAUUUUAUAAUAGCAGAUUGUGAAGUAGCUCUCCCUUUCCAUUUUUUAGAAGGAAUAUGCCUCAUACAUUUCUUACAUAGGUGUAAGAUAAAAGACUUGAAGACAAAACCAAACCACUGCCAUUGUGUAUUUGUAUGUUGUUGAGCACUAGUGACCUGUCCUUUGGCAAAGGCAGCUAAUGGUGGAAAUUGUGUGAAUUGUGCUCAUAUGUUGAAUAUAUUGUUUUUUAAAUCCUGAGUACCAUGUGUGGUGAAGCACUAAAGUCACAUAAUUUUGUUCUGUUUGUAUGCAGUUUAGCUGAAUUUUCACUGAGGUGUAAGUAAUUUAUAAGUACUUUAUGAUAAAUGUUAUUCAUUGCUAUAUCUCUUGAAUUUAUAGUUAUUAUCUAUUUGCAGUGCAGAUAUAUUGAGAGUCUGAGAAAAAGAGAGAGAGAGGAAAGUCAAGUUUUGAAUGAUUGUUUCAGUAGAACGUAAUAGAAAAAAUAUAUUUUCUGUUAUAAGGAGUUGUAGUCAUUAACAGAAAUUUGCUUGAUUUACUGUACUUAGCAUAAAACUAUUAAUGAGAAAAAGUACAUUAGUGACAGGGAAACUGGGUUUUGAACUUUGUAUGUAGCAGAAUGACCACUACCAGUGUGUUUCACUUUUGAAGGGUAUGAAUUGGGUGCGCCUGUAUGGUAUGUGCAUUUAUACUUUAUACAAGUGAUGAUUAAUUUGAUGAUAGGUUUUCAAAAAUUAAAUACAAGAAUACUGAGAGUUAAAUAAAAGCUAAAUUCAAAAGUUAUCAGAAAUAUUGUAGACAUGAUUUGUAGACCGGUUAGUUGCAAAAUGGUUGACCACCACAUUUGUGGCCAGAUGUACCUCUCAUUCAAAUUUCAGUUUUGAAUAGGAUCAAAGUUUCUAGUAAACCUCAUAUUAUAAUUCAGAACUACAUACUGUAUUAUGAUACAAUGCUUGUGUAACUGCAUUUCAAAGUAUAUAAGAAUUUUAUGCAUGUUAAUCAUUUUUCUUAGGAUAUCAAAAUCUAUCCAGGCAUUAUACAUACUAUAAUCUUGGGUAAGCAUUCAAAAGGUACAGCUUUGGUGAUGUUUUUGUUCUCAGAUGUUAAGCUUGAAAGUUAAAGUCGUGAAUUGGCAAGUUAGUCAUUUUUGGGUGGUGGUCAUCAUGAAUACAAUAUUUUCUUUGUGCUAAAUUUUCAUAUCAGUUUUCAAGAUUUUAUGCUUUUCUGUGAACAGCAUUAAGAAUAUAUGGUAAUCUGUUGAUUAUUGGCCCCAAAAUCUUACUUAGUAUUGACUUACAAUGAGUAGAUUUGGUGAAUAUAUAAAUAUAUAUAUAGUAUAUAUAUAUAUCUAUAUACAAUUGGCAGAGAUUUUAUUGUGAUGUAGAAAGAGAUGUUAAUUUAGAAUUGAAUUAACAAAGUUAUUGUCCUAGGCAUGGCAUUACAGUAUUCAUGUGGGAGAGAUUGUAAUUCAAGAUAUCUAUGAGAAUAUUUGGUAUUUCUCUAAGUUGGAGUUUGUCAUGUGAGCUACAAAUUUAAAUUAGAAGUGAAUACGGAAGAUAAGAAGUGUUAUGAAUUGGAUGGCAAGCCUUUUGAAGCAUGCUCCCAUAUGUGCUAAAUAGCUAUUGAUGACAGAAAAUUUUAGCAUGAUUGACUACUAUUUUGCUUUGAUUGGGAUCAGUAAUGAAAAAAAAUCUACCUAUGAUUAAUAAGAAAUAAUUAUCAUUGGAUGCUUUGCAUGUGUUUGGCAAGCAGUUGUUGGGAGAUGAAAACAGUGAUUAUCAGGACUUUGGAAUAAUAAUGUGGGCCUUCCAUUACCAAGCUGGAUCCCCAAAGGGCUACUUGUGCAUUAAGUACAGUACUUUAAUAUCAUAUGUCACACGAGUCUUGAAUAUUGGUGCCUUCUGCCAGCCUGGGGACCCUUGGGCAACUCCACAAACAUUAUCACAUCAAACUAUGCUGAAAGUAGCAGAUGUUUUAAAGAAACCCAGCCAUUUGUAUAAAAGGUUUAUUAGUUCAGAUUUUAUGAAAAAUUUUGCAUUUAAGAUGAUCUUGGUUUUCAGAUUUAUUACCUAGUUAUUCUCUCUGAGACAAAUUUUCUUGAUUGUCUUGUUUCUGGAGUGGCCUCUUGUAGCAUAAAUGAUCUUAGGUGAAGUCAGUUUAGGCCUUACACACUGUUUUGAUUUUUGUUGUAUUUUUUUUAUUUUUCUGAAGGAGGUGGUUAAGCCUUUACAGUGAUCUUGGUGAGGUCUAAGGUGGCUGAUACCCUAAGUUUUUGUUUGGAUGUACGUAUGAACAAAACAUAACCUUCAGUGAGAAAACAUUUAUUGCCAAAUUUUUCAAGCUCUUUUCAAUCAUUUUCUGUUUGCUUUCAUUCAGAAGACCAGUGUGAUCUAUGUCUCAUACAAGUUCUGCUGGCUUAGCCCUUUCUGUUACCUUUGCCAUAUAUCUUUAAUUUAUAAUUGAUGAAAUUUCAUAUAUUCAUGACAAUAUUUUGAAAAUAAUCUUUUUGCCAUUAGAAAUUAUUUGUGAUGUACAUCCUCUUCAGGAACAACCUUUAAACGGAAAGCAUUUUAGUUUAGUUUUGUUCAUAGCGUCUUUUUUUUUUUUUACUUUUUGUUUGUUUGAUUAAGAGUUUUUUGUGUGUGGCUCUUUGUAACAUAAGUGAAUGUUGUAUGAUAUGAGAACUUUUGCAUUUUAUAUAGAAAUUGUAGAAUACAUUUCACAGGUAGAAAGUUAUUGUAAUUCACUUCAGAAUCUCCAAUGAAAAUAAAGCCCUUUUUCACCA